AUGGUUGGGCAGCUGGCAACGGAUCCCUGCUGCUGUCCAGGUGACCGAUGUCUCGCCACGAGAUGGGCUCCAAAACGAAGCUGUCAAGCACCUGAUGGACUGUUGAGUCUUCACGUCAAGGUCAGCACGCCGGUCAAGCUGGAACUGAUUAGGCGGCUUGCCGCGGCAGGUGUGAGAAGUAUCGAGGCUACAUCCUUUGUGAAUCCAAAGCUGGUUCCGCAGAUGGCAGAUGCUUCUAAUGUAUUGCAGUCUUGCCUGGAGGAGCACCCGAAACUGGCUUUUCCAGUGCUGGUGCCCAAUGCCAAGGGCCUCCAGGCUGCACUAGAUGCCGGUGCCAAAGAGGUGACGCUCCUAGCUGCUGCCAGCGACACCUUCGCCAAAAAGAAUACGAACUGCACGGUAGAAGAGAACCUGGAACGUGCCGCAGUGGCACUGCAAGUAGCCGCUGCUUCACAGUGCCAUGUAAGGGCUGCAAUCUCUGUGUGCUUGGGCUGCCCCUAUGAAGGCGAAGUUCCAGCACAGCGUGUGGCACAGGUGGCGAGCCGCUUGUUGGAGGGUGGCUGCCAAGAGGUGGUGAUUUGUGACACCAUUGGCACGGGCACCGCGGCAUCCGUGCGGAAGGUGUUGGAGGCCGUGGAAGGUGCCGGUAUUCCCAUAGACCGUGUGGGGGUGCAUUUCCACGACACCUACGGUCAGGCUGUGGCCAAUACUUUAGCUGCUUUGCAGUUUGGUGUGGCCAAAGUGGAUGCUGCAGUGGGUGGAGUAGGUGGUUGCCCCUUCGCAGGGCCAGGGGCCAGUGGCAACGCAGCAACGGAGGACAUAUUGCAACUGCUGCAAGGUCUUGAAGUGGAGACUGGCUUAAACUUUUCCAAGCUCGCAGAGACGGGGGAGUGGCUCACUUCCCACAUCCUGCAGAAAGGCAAUGGAUCCAAGGCCGGGCCAGCAACUUUGAGGCAAAGACGGCCAGCUCCGCAGAGGAGUGUCGAUUCUCCACGUCGGCCCCUGGAUGGAGUACGUGUUCUGGAGGUAGGACCGGGCCUUGUGGCAGGUGGCUGGACAGGAGCUACCUUGGCCUACUUUGGUGCAGAGGUUGUGAAAGUGGAGCCGCCUGAAGUCGGAGAUGGCAUUCGCAAGUGGAGAAUUCUUGAUAGUCAGACCCAGACAAGCCUUUGGUGGCAGAGCAUAGCUCGAAACAAGCGGAGCCUAGCGCUGGAUCUACGACAGCCAAAGGGCCGCGAGUUGCUGAAGAAGCUUACAGGUCAUGCUGAUGUGCUGGUGGAAAACUUUAAACCAGGCACCCUUGAGCGAUGGGGCAUGGCACCAGAGACUUUACGACAGGAGAAUCCUGGACUUAUUGUAGCCCGUGUGUCGGGCUAUGGUCAAACUGGGCCAAAAUCCGCAGAGCCUGGCUUUGCUUCAGUCUGUGAGGGCUUCGGCGGCUUUCGCUUUGUGAAUGGUGUGCCGGGGGAGCCACCAGUGCGACCCAAUCUUUCCAUUGGCGACACCUUGGCCGGCAUGAAUGCUGUGCUGGGCAUUUUGCUGGCCCUGCUGAAAAGGGGUCGACUUUCUGAAGGAGUCGUUUGUGGCAUUGGUCAAGAUGUGGACGCUUCCAUUGCAGAGAGCGUCUUCAGUCUUUUGGAGGCAUGCGUCCCAGAGUAUGACUAUGCAGCCGAAAUCCGACAGCCGUCUGGAUCUUCCUUGACCGGGAUUGUGCCAACGGGCACGUACCCAUGCAAGGAUGGUACCUUCAUGAUUAUUGGCGCAAAUGGUGAUUCGCUCUUUAAGCGCUUGAUGAACGCGAUGGGCCGAGCUGACUUGGCGGAGGACCCACGGUUUGCCGAGAACAGUGGCCGCUGCAAGCACCAGGAGCUUCUCGACCAAGCCAUCAUUGAAUGGACGUCCUCCAAUGAUGCUUCAGAAGUUCAGGCGGCUUGCAAGGCGGCGGCCGUUCCUUGCGGCCCCAUUUUUUCCAUCAAGGAGAUCAUGGACGAUGAACACUUUCAAAGCCGAAAAUGCUUCGAGGAGGUUGAGCUCUCCCACGGGGGACAUCUUAAAGUGCCGGCGAUCGGGCCAAAGCUCUCUUGGUCGCCUGGUCGUACUGAUUCUGGUGGUCCAUCCAUUGGUCAGCAUAGUGAUGAGGUCCUCAGGGAAAAACUUCAGUUCAGUGAAGAUGAAAUCUCAGCCUUGCGCAAUGAUCGUGUGAUAGCUUAA